AUGAAGAAAGAAAAAGCUGAAGGGGUCCUUAUAUCCUUGUCCCCUGAACUAAGAAAUUCAAGGAGAGAUAUUAAGAGUUUUACAAGAAAACCAUCCAGUAAAUCUUUGUUGUCACAAUUAAGUACUAAAGAAAAGGUUCUCCCUCAUUACCUCACAGCUUCUGCAGGUUCCUGCCAUGAUUUCUGCAAGUAUGGAGGGAAUCACACUGCUGAAUUGAAGGGAAGGGAUUCCUCUUUUCCCUUGCCAUCAAGCAUUGGUAUGGCCUUAUUAACGCAGCGAAAUCGAGUAAACGUCCAGACUCUAGCGGAGAGACAGAGGAAGUCUCCCCAGAGGCAGAAGGCCAUGGCUCCCAAAUUUGGAUCGCAAUAUGGUGGAAAGGACUGGGGGAAGAAGACUCAGCUCCUGGUGAAGAGAUUUAAUCUAUCCCUACCAUCAGAAAAUAUCAAGGAAACUACUACAAUUCCUGAGAUAAGUACAUCAUAUGCGGAGUCUGGGAUCAAAGGUUGCAUUACAGCACCUUCCGAGGGAUUCAAAACUAUGAAGAAAGGUGCAUUACAGCACCUUGGGUCAUUUGAUGAUUCUGCUUCUGUGACUAAAAAUGCUCCUUCCUUCAUGAAGAAAACUGAAGCCUCUAGAAAUUCUGAAACUGCCGGCGUGAAGAAACAUUCUGCACAAAAUUCCUUCAAAAAUUUUGCGCCUCAAAUCGGGCAGAAGUCUCUGUUGUCAACUUUCGGGAAACCCAUUUCAUCAGGGAAAUCGAAAGUUUUCAAGCAAGAGGAUACUUCGCAUGUCAAAAAAUUUGAUGCAUCGUCAAAACAAGCUACUUCUGAAAAGUCAAAUACGUCCUCUGUGAAGUCAGAAUCUCUGCUGAGGCCUACAGCCGGAAUGAAAGGCGGAAAUAGCCGGAGGAAGAUAGUAAAAAUUUGGAACCCGACAGCAUCUUCUCUGAGGAAAAAUUUGAAGUCUCGAUCUGGGUCCUUGUUGCCUCAGCCUCCGGUUGACCAUGUUUUAAGGAACUGCAAUAGUGCAAAGUCCACCUCUACGGGGAGGCAUCCCAAGACAGUGGAGCAGACGGAACUUGGAGAUGGACAAUUAAGAGAAAGAGCUCUGUAUCUGAUCGGGCCGAAAACAUCGGAGAACGAAGAUACUGUAUCUGCCCAGUCAAAGUCGAGCAGAGGCCAACGGUCUCUGUCAUCUCCUUAUUCAUCCUCGUCUCCGUCAUCUCCUUCCUCCUCUUCUCCAUCUUUUUCAGAUCAUGAAGGAGAGUAUCAGGAUUCUGAGUCUGCAGCUUCCAAACAGAAUGAUACAGUUUUCGAAGAGGGUGGACAUGAAACUAGCACAACUUCCCGAACUGGAGACAAGAGGCAUCAUGGAACAGACUCUACGGCUCACCAGGAAGAUGAAGAUGAGACUCUGUGCGAGUUAAGGAUUAGAAGAGGGAAGAUACUCAACCUUCAGCCAGACAACUACGUCACAGGCGACAGCAGGAGUGGAGAAGGAGAAAUGAAGAAGAUCAAGUUUAAGGCGAAUGAGCCGACUAACUCGAAUCGGACUGACCCAGAAGCGGAGACUGUGGUACUGAGGCAUCAAGAUGUGCAGGAUAAGAGGGGUGUCUUGGGUCUGUUCAAUCAUGUGAUCGAAGAAACCGCCAGCAAGCUAGUCGAAACCAGGAGAAGCAAGGUGAAAGCAUUGGUCGGGGCCUUCGAAACCGUGAUCUCUCUUCAGGAAGGCAAAUCCGCUGAUUCGUCCGUGUGA